AUGCCACCAAAGAAUAAACCUAAACAAAUUAAACAGAUGAUUCAAAGUUCUAACAUUCUACCACCUGGAACUGAUAAAGGCUCAGAUAAAUCAUUUGGAGAAUUUUCUAUUAAAAUGGGUAAAGUUUCAUGGAUUCAAGAUUCAAAUCCUCAUUCAGGCAAUUUAAUCUAUAGAAUUUCCUUUUGGGGAUAAGAAGGAGAUGGAAAUUUGAUUUAAGCAUUAAACUAAAAUCUUCAAUAACCUAAUGAAUUAAAAUAUGAUAUUCGAGUCCCAAUUAUUCAAUUUCAUAAGUAUUUGAAUGAAGCUGAAAAAGUCAAUAUUUAUCUUGUAGAUUCAGAGGAUAAAUUUCUUAUUUUUGGAUAUAUUAUAAUCAAUUUUGCCAGACAUUUAAAUAAAGACUUAUCUAAAAAUUAAGUAUUUCAUAAUAUAUCUGGAUAAUAUCCAAUAUAUAAAUAUUUCCCAGAAAUGCCUGAUAAUAAAGAAUAUAAAAUUGGAUAUCAAAAUAUUGAAGUCAAUUCUAAAUUUAUUCUAAUAUAAUAAUAAAUAGAAUUAUGCUCAUAAUUAAAUCAAUCCAAUAAUAUUUAAUAAUUAUAACAUAUCAUCAUAAGAGAAUAAUAAUAAUAAUAAUAAUAAUAAUAAUAAUAAUAAUAAUAAUAAUAAUAAUAAUAAUAAUAAUAAUAAUAAUAAUAAUAAUAAUAAUAAUAAUAAUAAUAAUAAUAAUAAUAAUAAUAAUAAUAAUAAAAUAAAUAAACUUAAAUUCCAUAAAUAAAUGUUAUUUUUCCAACUGAAAAUGAAGCUUGGAUAUAAUAAAAUCCAGAAUAAAAAUUAGCAAAUGUUUUAUUUGCUAAUAAUCCAUUCUAAAAAAAUAAUGAAGUUAAUCCCAAUAAUUUUUAUGAAAGAAAUAAUUAUAUUGAUCCUUAAUCUACAAUAAAUUAACAUUAAUUUUCUUAAAAUGAUCAAAAUUUAAACAAUUAAAAUCCUACUAAUGAAGUUUCAGCCCACAAAAUUUCUCCAACUAAAUAAGAUUAAAAUUUAAGUGGCUAAAAAACAUAAGUUCAAGGGAAUGUUAAGUUUGCCGAUGAUUUUUAAAAUAGAAUGGAAUAGAUAUUAAAUUCUGUUCAUUGCAUUAAUUGUUGUCCAUAAAAAUAGAAAAGAUCUGAUUCUAUCUCUAAUUAAUAAAAUAAUUAAGAAAAUAGUAGUAAUAAAAAAAGUCAUUCUAUUUCCAAAUAAUAAGAACCGUUUCGAAACUCAAAACCUAAUAGUGGUCAUUACAAUAACUCUCCUACUUAAUAUAGAUAUGCAAGUAAACCAGAAAAUACUAAACCUAAUCCACCAAAAUUCAAAUCAAAUAGAAAUUAAUCACCUGUUGAACCUACGGAUUAAAAUAAAUAAAAAUAAACAGAAAGUAUUCCAAGAUAAGAAUCAAUCUAAAAACCAUUAUAGGUUAAAACUACUUAUCAGAUAGAAACUAGAGGAGUUUAAACUAUUCAAGAAGAUAUCAAAACUCCUCCAUAGAAAAAUUCCAAUCAAAGUUUCAUUUAUAAUAAGUCAUUUGAUUCUUAUCGAAAAUUAAAGUUAUAACUUAUUGAUUUUCAUGCUUAUUCUUAAUAAGUUUAAUAAAAAUUAAAUGCAAUAAAUUUGAAUAAUAUUUUUAUUGAUUGCUAAUUAAAAAAUUAAUAAAAAAGAACAUUUUUUAAAUCUUAAGGACAGGAUUUAUAUUCAAUAAAUGAAACAAUAGAAUUUGAAAUUUUUAUAAAUGAGUCAUCUUUUGAAGAAUUUUAAGCUGAUUAAAUCAAAUUUUUAAUUUAAUGUUAUAGAAAACCAGAGAAUUCUGAUGAUUAAAAAUACUUUAAAAUAACUUUAGGAGAGGGAUAUUUUUAAAUAAUGAAAGCAAUUUCAAAUGAAGAAUUUUAUGUUAUAAUAAAUACAAAUUUACCAUUUGAUAGAAAUAAUUCUUCAUAAAAUUCUGGAUUAUAAUACAGUGUAAUAAAUAAAGAUUUAUUAAAUGAAUAUUAAAUUUAAUAAUAAAAUAGAUUAGGAGAAAUUAGAUUAAAAGCUUCUUUAAUUUAAAGUUAAGAAUAAUAAAAUGCUCUUGAUUAACCAAUCUAUUAUCAUUAUCAUUCAUUUAAUCCAACCCUUUUAAUUAGAUUAGGUAAAAUAAUAGGAGUAGAUAAAAUUAAUUGUAGAUUUAAAAUUCCAGGUUCAAAUGAUUUCUUCUAAUCAUAAAUUAAUGAUUCUGUUUAUCUUAAUUAUUAAGUAAUUACUCCUUUAAAUUUUGAAUCUUUUCAAAAGAUUUUAAUUUCUCCUUUCAUUAUUGAAGUUUGGAAGGAAAAAGAAUUACUAGGUAUGAUUCGAAUAUCAUUAAAAUCAAUCCAUGAAAUAUUGAUUAAUGAAGAUUAGGAAUUUAAUGCAAAUAUUUUUAAGAAUAUUUAUCCAUUAAUAAUAUCUGAUGAAUAACAUCCUAUUAAGAAAAUAAGAGAUUCCCAAUAAGUUGGUUCUAUUCAUAUUUUAAUUGCCUUUGGGAUUCCAGGACAAAUAAACAAAAUUAAAAUAGAAAAUAUCUAUACAAAAAGUAUAUAAGAGGUUGGUAAUCAAUAUGAAGAACCUCAAUAAGAAUAAGAGAAGAAAAAUGUUGAAUAAGAAAUAUAAAUUGAAGAAGCAUAAAAAGAAUUAACAUUUUUAGAAAAAUAUGAAUAAUUCAAUUUUGAAUAGAUAGAUAAUUAUCAUGAAUCGAUCAUUGAAGUUUUGUAAUAUUUAAAUAAAAAUGAUAUAUAGUUAUAAAAAAAUAUACAAAAAGGUUAAUUUUUCAGUGUUGAAUAGCUGCAAUUUAUAAACUUAAAUGAGGAUUCAAUUUUUAAGUUUAUAAGAGUUUUUGAUUUUAAGAAUUAACAUUCUAUAAAAAAAGAACAUUUGCUUAGUAGUUUGACAGGAUUUAAUAUAUUUAAACCUAGAAUAUCUGUAGAAGUUAAUAAAUAGAUUAAGAAAUUUAUAUAGUAUUUAGUUGAUUAGAGAUAAGAUCCUUUAGAAUAUGUAAGUAAAAUUUUAUUAAAGAGUGAUUAUGGAAUAAUGGAAAGAUAAAAAUUAGAAUAGUACAUUGUAGAUUUUGAUUUUGAAUUUCUUGGACAUUUUUUGGGAUAAAAUGAAGAUAGAACUAAGAUUUCAAUAAAAUUAUUAUAUGAACUAAUUGCUUAAUAUAUUUAAUUUAAUUAUGUAAAAUUAGAAGAGAUAAAUGAAUUUUGGUAUUGUUUAGCUAUAUAGGGUUCAAUAUUAUAGAAAGCUCAAACAAUUCAAUUAGAUGAGGUGUAAAAGUUAAGUCUCAAUAUUGAAGAAGUAUAAGAGAUAUUUAAAUAAUGCUUAAUCAAUAUAUCAUUUUGGGAAGUUUACUGUAUAUUUAGAUUUAUUAAAAUAAAAAAUAAUAAUUUUGUAUUAUAAGAUUGGGAAAUUUAGAAAUCAUUAUUAGAAGAUUGGUUUUCAAUUAAAUAAGAAGAAAUAAUACCUAUUAUUUAGAAAAAACCAAAACAAUUUGAAAUAGAGGAUAAGGAAAAUUAAAAUCAAGAAAAUAAGAAUCUUGAGUUUUUUGUUCAUAGAUUUUGUAUUACUUUGAAAGAAAUAUAAAAUUUGAAAUUAUAAAUUCCGUAUGGAACUUAACUAUUUGUUGAAUAUAAAUAUCCUUUAUGUGAAUAAUUAAUCAAAUCAUAUCCAUUAGUAUAUUCAAAGUAAACUUAGUAUUAAUGUCCUUCUGAAUCUACUUACACUUAUAUAUAAUAAAUUGAGUAAAAUAAUAAAUUUAUUGAUGUUGUUGAUUCUAUAGAGGGAGGAAUGUAUUUUAGAUUAAAGGCUGAUGAAUAGAAUGUGGCUUAAACAUUCCUUUCUAGUUAAGAAAUAGUGAGCUGGAUGGAUAGAAAUUCUGAUUUAAAUAAGGACAAAGUAUUGGUAUUUAUGCCUAUUAAUGCUAAAUUAAGUUUUAGUAUUAAUUAUUAGAGAUAAAAGAUAACAUAAUAAUAACUCUCUUCUAAUCCAGAAUUAUUAUCAAGUCAUAAUUAAACUUAAUAAGAAAUUCAUUUGCCAAAAAGAGUAGGAUUAAAUGUUUAUGCUGAAGUAACUCUAAAUGAUAAAGCACUUAAAUUUGAAGAUAAAAUUAUUAAAGUUGAUAUAUAUGCAGUUGCAAAUUUUACAGCAUAGAUGUAUAUUUAAUUAUUAUUUUUAGAUCAAAAUAAUAGGGUUAAAAGACAGUUAUAAUUAAUGAAGAGAAAUAAUUAUAAGUUGAUAAUGAAUUGAUACAAAAAUUGUCAUCAUAACAAAUGAUAAUUUAAGUUUCAAGUAAUACCUAAAAUCUUAUAGGAAAAUGUGAGUUAAUGUAAACUUAAUUACUUAGGGGAUAGAUAGAGGGUGAAUUUGCAUUAACAAAUUAAUUUGGCUUAUUUGUUGGAGUGGCUAAAUUGAAAUGUUAAUUGAAUAAAUACAAAAUACCAUUGGUCUAAUAAUAGGCAAUAUUAAAGGAAAAAGAAUAAGAAGAAUAAUAAAGAUAAAUUACUUGUCUGAUUUCAAUUAGAGAGAUAAUUAUAAAUAUCUCUUAAUUGCUAAAACCAGCAGGUUAAGAAUCUGUUUUUAUAUAUUUUGUUUUGAAACACAAUGGUAAAACUCAUUAAACAAAUCUUGAGUUGAUUGAUAAAAAAAGUAUUAUUUUAAUAUAUGAUAGAAUUGUCAAGUUAAUUGGUUUAAACAUUUUUAGCUAUUGAAAUGUCAUCCUAUUAAGAAUUAAGUAUAACUGUAUAUUCUAGUAAGAAAAAUACAGCUAAUUAAUUAAAAGAUGUUAAGUUAGGAGAUAUAAAUAUUAAAUUUAAUCAUUUAACUCAAAGUUAAGUUGAUACUAGAUUUAUUUGUAUGAAUGAGUAUUUCACUUUAAAUUAUGAUUGCUUUAUCAGCAGAGUUGGAAUUAAACUUAUGCUAAUAAAUGAGUAUGAAGAUAUGAUUCCAAAUUUUGUGAAGUUUUAUUCUUCAAAUUAAAUAUAUGGAUGUUAAAAAUUGAAUGAAUUGCAAUAGAAUUAUAAAAUUGAUAGAUAACUAUUUGAGUAUAUAACAAAAUUAGUUAAUAAUAAUGAAUAUGCUUUUUUGAGCGAUUAAAUAGGAUACCAUUUAAAUAAAUAGAACUUUUUUCUCUCAGAAUAAAAUCUAACAUGGGAUUUAAUAGAAGAAGUAUAUAAAUUAUCUAAUAAUGGAUUUAUGGAUGAACAAAAAGCAAAAUCUUUGUUAGACUCUUUUUAUAUAGUAAAUUUCACUGAUAAGUCUUAUUCCUUAUUCACAAAACCAAAUGUAUUUGAUAAGAAUGCUUAUAAAUAUUUAAAUCAAUUUGAUUUUUCAAUAUUUUUGUCUAAAAUAAAUUUGAAUAUUGAAGUUCAAAAAGUAAAUGAAAUUGUAAUUCAAGUAUUGAGAGCAUAAAAUUUGCAUAUGUUAAAUUAAAACAAAUCACCAAACCCAGUUAUAUAAAUGUUAAUGAAUGAUUAAUCAUUUAGAACUCCAGUAUAAGUAAGAGAAAGCAAUCCAAUUUUUAAUUAUUGUUUUAAUGUAGGAUUAGAAGCUAAUUGUAAUUUAGAAUUUAGAGUGCUUAAUUCAGGAGCAGAAAGAGAGAUUUUGGGUUCAUGUUUUAUAAAUAGUAGUGAACUAAUAAAAUUACAUGAAAAAAAAUCAAAUGAAGAAAUAAAGAUGUACAUUCAUGGAAGCAAAGCUCAAGCAUACAUUGUUGUGAAAGUUGGAACAAGUACAAAGACUUUACAAACAUUAGAAGAAGUGUAACAAUAUUAAAUAGAAGACGUAGAUUUAGAGAGAAUAAGAGCAAUAAUAGGAAAAAUAUGA